UAGUGUUGAGUAUAUUUAUAUGUAUUUAAAAAAAAAAGAAAACAAAACAUUUAGAAAUAUUUAAAAAUGUUGACGUUUUCGGUUAGUAGUGUAUAAUGUAAUGGUUGUAUUUAAGGGAUAGGUACAACAAUUUCAAAGAUAAGAAAAUAACAUGGCUACUACUGAAAAUGCAGAAUCAGCUUCACCAGAGACCAAAGUGGAUCGCAGAAAAGCAAACUCUGACACAAAAUAUCCACUGAAAGUGCUCUACUGUGGAGUUUGCUCCUUGCCUACAGAGUACUGUGAAUACAUGCCUGAACCAGCAAAAUGCAGGCAGUGGUUAGAGAAGACUUUUCCAGAUGAAUUUGCAAAGCUAAGUGUUGGGAACUGUCCAAAACAAGAUGCUGGAGGUGGUGAACCCCCAGCAACUGGGGAGGAAGAAGAGAAGAAGAAGCAGAAGAGAGGAGGCAGAGGCCAAAUUAAACAGAAGAAGAAGACAGUACCCCAAAAAAUCACAAUAGCCAAAAUCCCAAGGGCAAAGAAGAAAUAUGUAACCCGAGUUUGUGGUCUUGCAACUUUUGAAAUUGACCUCAAAGAAGCGCAGAGGUUUUUCGCUCAGAAAUUCUCCUGUGGAGCCUCGGCAACAGCAGAAGAUGAAAUAAUCAUUCAGGGAGAUUUUACAGAUGAUAUUAUUGAUGUGAUUCAAGAGAAAUGGCCCGAGGUGGACGAUGACAGCAUUGAAGAUCUGGGAGAAGUAAAAAAGUGAUGUCUUGCUAUGAACUUUUAUUAAGGAACGCAAUGCAAAAAAACAAAGACCUGGCCAAACACACCCACCAAGAGGCAUUUUAUAUCUGUUUUAUUUACCCUAUAGAAAUUGUGGACUGGCCCCACUGUUGGCAUUUUCAUUUCUAUAUAGCUGCUUUUUUCUCUUGGUUGCCAAAGGUCUGAUAUCUUUGUGAAUUGUUCCAAAACACUGCACUAAAGCAAUCCUUUAGGUGAAUAAAUAGUACAUUUGGGUCUCCUUUGUU